UUUCUCUCUUCUUGGUUAAUCGUGAAAGAGGCGGCGUGAGAUAUUUUCACCAUGCCGGUCUACUUUCAGCGGCCAGAAAAUGCCCUUAAAAGAGCUAAUGGUAAGAAAUAGUUUUCGUUUACUUCAUAAGGCAUUGUCUUGCACCUAUUUAGAAAUCAAAAAGGUUUGAAACAAAGCAGUAAUCCUUUCGUACUCCUGUCCGCCAUUUUAAGAAGCUUUAAUUUUGAUCAUUUGUUAGCUGAUUUUAGCUUUUUCAGCUUUUCGAGAGGGUUUUGGCCUUUUCGGUGCUUAGUUGUAGUGAAAAAAACGAUUUCAUCGCUACCGGCUCUUCAUAUUUGUUUCGAAUACAAUUAAAAUAGCCAAGCUUACGCGUUCCUGUGCUUUUAAGCUAAGAAUUGUGGCCACGUGAUUAUACAGGUAUCGAUCAUAAGGUUGAUUUAAGCCUUUAUUGCUAGUUCAAGAUAGAUGUUAAAUUGAUUGAAGUCAUUAUGUGGUAAGCUUUUAUCAAAACCACAUGAAAAAAUAUAGGAGCAACUACAGAAUACAGGGCCAUAUUUUAAGGUCUUAAACAGAAGUGGCUUGGUGGCUUGCUAGUCAUGACAAGUGUUUAGAGAACGAGAAAGGUAUAAGACAUAUAAGUAUAAGACAGACAUAGAAGGUAUAUAUUUUAGUAUGUAUUAUAGGUACAGUGAAACCUGUAUUAAGCGGACACCCUUGGGGAAUGAUGUAGUGUCAGCUUGAUACAGGGUGUCCGCCUAAUACAGGUUUCGAUAGAUAAUCAUAUGAGGUGUCAAAUGCCACUCAAAUGAACAGUGGAAAUGUUAAGAACACUCCCAGAGACUUUGACGAUAUACGUUUGCAUUAGUUUCUUUAUCAGAGUGGACCAGUUGAUCGUAGCACCAUAAACAUAGAUUGCAACUCAAAUUUGAAGAAAUCAGAUGGGUGAAACAAGCUCCAUACAAACAAAACGAAAUAGAAAAUAAUACUGUACUAUGAAACCAAUCACUUGGUUUCUCUUUGUUGCAGGGCAUGAAAAUAUCUUUUUUCUCCAGUAGCCAGUUAGCUCCGAAAUAAUUUAGAGUAGUACCCAAUUCCAAAAAGUUGUUCACCACUAUUUGAAAGCGAUAUAAUUUUUUUAACUCUGUUCAUUUACAAGAUCAGUGCUAUCAACUCUCCUGGAUAUUCCAGGACACUCCAGAUUUUGGAUCGUAUCUCCUGGUCUCCAGAUAAGAGUAUGAAAUCUCGCUGAUAAUCACCAGAGUUUACCAUUUCUUCAGUAGACUCAACUGUCCGACCAUAAAAUUUCAACUAUUUUGCAUUAUUUAAUAUAUUUUAAUGUUUUUCAUGAAAAAAUUGAAUAGAUUUGAUUAAUUUUUAGCAAAAAACCUUUUUCUUUCAAAGUGAGGAUAACAUCAAUAUCCAACAAGCCUCUUAACCUGCUCUAGCGCCAGUUUACUGGACAAACUCAGUAACUAAAAUACGAUUGUGUCCACUUUCAUGCAAUACCCACUCAUCAUCAAAAAAGUACAAGUUUUAUGAACAAAUGAAUGAUUAUUUUCACCAAAAAUGGGAAAAAAGUGUUCUUGCAGUUAAUGGCAUUCUUUUAUGGCUUAUUUGUUAUUACCGGUAAUAACAAUGAUGUCUUUUCUUUAUCAUGCAAUAGGAAGAAAGCCCUUUAAAGCUCAACAUGAACUUAGCUGCCUACAUGGUCUAUAAUACAUAUAUAUCGUAUUGUCCGGACAAAGGCCUUUGUAAAGGGCUAUUUUAGUCCAAGAUGGUGUUUUGUGACACCAGAAAGGGUUAUACACAACACAAAAGGCUACUUAAAUUCAAGAUGGCUUCUUCAGCCACUGUAGGAGAUUAUGAACGUGCUGUUUUCUUGAAAACAAACUGAACAUGAAGGUUUAGAUGCCCUGUGAUCACUGCCGCAGAUUACUCUUGUGUCUCGAGCAAAUCACGGGAUCCCAAGGCAAAGUUUUAGGCAGCAAUUUGGUGACUAAUUUUAAGAGUUUAGUCGCCAAAGUGAAACAUUUGGUGACCCUGUUGCCUAUAUUAGGUGCAAUUUCAUGUCCUGUGUUGUUAACGUUUUUGCCAUUGAGCUGGUGUUCAUCUUGACUGCUAUUUGACUUCUAGCUGAGUUCAACAGUAUUAAUUUGUUGCUGUACUGUUUACUGAUAGUAAGCCCUAGGAUUUCACCGUAUCGAUUGUUUCUGGUACUGUGUUGUUACCAUGGUCCUAAAAUAAUGGAACAGAAAAUAGUUUCCCAGUAAUAUUUUCAGGCUUAGGGAUCAUUUUACAAAAAUUCACUAUUUUUCCACUCAGAUUUUUAACUAGUAGACCAAUAUUCUUUAAUUAUGACUCAGUUUACCGGUAUAUAUGAAAUUAAAAUGUUUAACUGGUAGACCAAUUCCUUAAUUAUUACUCAGCUUAUAUUAUACAAAAUUAAAAUGGCGUUUAGCAUUUAUCAGUUUUCUAUUGUCCACCAUCGUGAAUCGUCCAAAUAGUGCAUUACAUGUUACUGGUUUAUGGCUUCCAGGGCCAGGAAAAAAAUAUAUGACUUGAAAAGGUAAUGAAUUCAUGAUUCAUAUCUAUGGCUCACUGAAAUACCACAAACUAUUAAGAAUAAAUGUUUCUUUUACUGUAGAAUUCAUUGAAGUUGGCAAGAAAGAGCCAGCAUUGGAUGCAUUGUAUGAUGUAAUAAAAAGCAAGAAACAUCGCACCUGGCAAAACAAAAUCCAUGAGCCCAUUCUCUUCAAGUACUUGGAGCUGUGCGUAGACCUUCGAAGAAGCCACAUUGCAAAGGAAGGAUUGUACCAAUACAAGUUGAUUUGCCAGCAGGUUAACAUUGUUUCUCUUGAGGAUGUCAUUCGCUACUUCCUUAAGCUUGCAGAAGACCGAGCAGAAACUGCUAGGAAAGAAUCCCGUGACCAGGUUCCUAUUGUGGAGGAUCUGGAUCAGAUACAGACUCCAGAAAGGUACUCCUUGUUUGCAAUGUUUGCCAUUAAUUAGAUAUGAAUUUAAGGAUUGAUUUCAAAAUCUAAUGCUGUUCCCAUAAUUUAGAAGAAUCAUGCAUCAUACCAAUUUACCCUUAUAGCCUAGGGGGCACUCCCAUAUACAUGUAAAAGUGACGGGGAUGCUCUGACAUCACAAAAUUAAAAUUAAGCCCCUAAGACAGACCAAUGUGGGUGUGGCUCAAGCUUAAACUGACUCCUAAAGGAGACCAUAUUAAAACAGACAUAAUGGCAUUUUUUGUAAAUUUCUUUAUGCACAACCCCAAGCGAUACCUGAAUGGGCAAAUAUAGUGACUUUCCAUCCCAAACACCUUAAGUAAGAUCAAAAUCUGCAAUUUCACCCCUUAGUGAGACGACGAGCAUUCCCGUCACUUUUAUAUGGAAGCCGCAACCCCAAGGCCUCAAAGCCCCCCUAUUCACAGUUGGGUAAUAUGAAGUGACUCAAGCAAGCUGCUGAAAAUUUGUGGUUCAAUUUUAUCUGUAGUUCAAAUUUUCCUUUUUUUCGUUUUUGGGUACAGUAAUGUAUGAUAAUGAGUUUGAAACAAAAGAAAAGAAAAUUUGAAACAAGGAUAAAAUUGAACCACAACAUAGACACUAAUCCUUGUUCUUGUUUUGUCAAUGUCUCCUUUUUGUUUGCAGUGGAAAUUAAAAAUUAAUAUGAAAUGUUGAGGCAUUCACAAACUGUAUGCUCCUUUUGUUAUUGUCGUUUGUUUUGUAAUCUUACACUUUACAUUUAUUUACCAUACCCAAGAACAGUAGAAAAUAAGACAAGGAUAAUACUGAAUGCUACAUACAUUGUAUGUAUCAUGCUAGUGUCCUGCACACUCAAACAUAUCAGUAGCCUUAGUGUCAUGUACACGUACAUGUAGUAAUAGUUUUUUUAAAUAACCUGCUAUAGCUUUUCUGAGUAGUACAACAUGCUCAGAAACAUGAAAGCUUGGUGUGGGUUUCAAAACCACCACUCUCUGACGUUUGAAAAUAAUUUCUGAUUUUGUUAGAUUAAACUUCUGUCUUUCUUUACCUCUUUAGUGUAUUGCUCAGUUUUGUCAGUGGAGAGGACACUCAGGAUCGUACUGACAGGGUUAUGUUAACACCCUGGGUGAAGUUUCUUUGGGAAGCUUACCGCAACGUGUUAGAACUGCUGAGAAAUAAUGUCCGUGUGGAGAAGCUAUACCAUGACACUGCCCAACAAGGUAACAUAUCUUUUGAUAACUUGCUAUGCUGUUUAUGUACAUGUACAUAGACACGGAAACUCCAUUGUGUACUCAGUGAUUUUGUUAGAAAUUACUGUGGAGUGGUCUUGUGAAAAAUCCCAGCCCAGAACCAUUGAGUCCCAUGCUUAAGAUCCUUGAACCCUCAUGUAACCAGAUAUUAAACCUUGGUAACAUUAAUAUUAUUAUGACUCAAUAUUACAGUAUACUGAAAGUAAACUACCGUGUUUCCAUUCCUAAGUACAGUACAACAUACAACGUAACUCCAACCCCAGUUCCCCUUACAUGUAUUUCUUUACCUUUUUUAUUCCCAAAAGUGGCUAAAGUCAAAAUUCCACAAAAAUUCCAAUUAAGUUCAUUUUGUCAAAUGCUAAAAUCAAAUGACACUGUUGAAAAUAAAUGCACUGCCAAAGAAGUGUACUCAGUCCUCAUUAAUGGUCACCCUGCAAGAUUUCCUUCACAGAUACAGUAGUUAGAAACAACUUACAUGUACAAGACUCCAUCAUUCACUUUUCAAAGGUAAAGGGUUAACAAGGCCUGGAUUUUAUGCCAUAUAUAACUAUUGGAAAUAAAAUGAUUUUUAUUGGAGAGUUUGAGUGGAAAUGCCUUGUAUUCUUUGAAAUCUGUACCUACAGAACUUUUUUAGGCAGACAAUAGGGGUCGUUUUAUUACAGAUUAAAAAUCACACAAGCAAAUCCCCACAAAUGUCUUUAGAUUGAUAUAGUAAAUCUUUGCAUCCUACAGGAUGCACGUCAUCUUUAAGGAGUUUUAUAGCCAGUGAUGCAAGGGUAACAAAAUCACAUGUACUUCAUGGAACUUUUUACGUCAAAUUAUUUUUUAAGGUUGAUACAUUAAACAAAACAGUAGUUUAGGAGUUUACUGACAAAGAAUACUCUGGUAUCUUAGCUUUCAAGUUUUGUUUGAAGUACUCUCGACGUACAGAAUUUCGAAAGUUAUGUGACAAUGUAAGUACAAUUUCAUUGUUAUUUAAUGCUAAGUAUACAGCUCUAGAACUUUUAUUGAAUUAUUUAACAUUGACUUUACAGCCAUUUACAUUGUACUGCCCUGACGUUUUUGUUAUAACAGGCUCAUUCUCUUCAAGUGAAGUUGAACUUUUUUACCAUAGUGUUUGUAAAAUUACUUUUCAGUGCUUUUAUGCCUUCUUUCAAGUGACAGUUCUCUAGAAUACUCAUUAAAAAAUUUAUAAUGAAAGGCUACAGACUUACACAGCCUUAAAGAUAACUUGGUACUGGUAGAACCUGUGGGAAAGGUUGGCUGCUUUCUGUUGAUUGUUAAACCUCAGUCUUCAAUGAAAUAGCUAUAGAUGAGGAUACAUUUACACUGAAUAUNUUCCCCUUACAUGUAUUUCUUUACCUUUUUUAUUCCCAAAAGUGGCUAAAGUCAAAAUUCCACAAAAAUUCCAAUUAAGUUCAUUUUGUCAAAUGCUAAAAUCAAAUGACACUGUUGAAAAUAAAUGCACUGCCAAAGUAGUGUACUCAGUCCUCAUUAAUGGUCACCCUGCAAGAUUUCCUUCACAGAUACAGUAGUUAGAAACAACUUACAUGUACAAGACUCCAUCAUUCACUUUUCAAAGGUAAAGGGUUAACAAGGCCUGGAUUUUAUGCCAUAUAUAACUAUUGGAAAUAAAAUGAUUUUUAUUGGAGAGUUUGAGUGGAAAUGCCGUGUAUUCUUUGAAAUCUGUACCUACAGAACUUUUUUAGGCAGACAAUAGGGGUCGUUUUAUUACAGAUUAAAAAUCACACAAGCAAAUCCCCACAAAUGUCUUUAGAUUGAUAUAGUAAAUCUUUGCAUCCUACAGGAUGCACGUCAUCUUUAAGGAGUUUUAUAGCCAGUGAUGCAAGGGUAACAAAAUCACAUGUACUUCAUGGAACUUUUUACGUCAAAUUAUUUUUUAAGGUUGAUACAUUAAACAAAACAGUAGUUUAGGAGUUUACUGACAAAGAAUACUCUGGUAUCUUAGCUUUCAAGUUUUGUUUGAAGUACUCUCGACGUACAGAAUUUCGAAAGUUAUGUGACAAUGUAAGUACAAUUUCAUUGUUAUUUAAUGCUAAGUAUACAGCUCUAGAACUUUUAUUGAAUUAUUUAACAUUGACUUUACAGCCAUUUACAUUCUACUGCCCUGACGUUUUUGUUAUAACAGGCUCAUUCUCUUUAAGUGAAGUUGAACUUUUUUACCAUAGUGUUUGUAAAAUUACUUUUCAGUGCUUUUAUGCCUUCUUUCAAGUGACAGUUCUUUAGAAUACUCAUUAAAAAAUUUAUAAUGAAAGGCUACAGACUUACACAGCCUUAAAGAUAACUUGGUACUGGUAGAACCUGUGGGAAAGGUUGGCUGCUUUCUGUUGAUUGUUAAACCUCAGUCUUCAAUGAAAUAGCUAUAGAUGAGGAUACAUUUACACUGAAUAUUUCUGCGCAUUGUAGUGUACUCUACUUUCAUUUGAUAUUCCAUCGUCAAUGAAAUAAGGCAAGAUAAUAGUCGCACAUAAUUUAUUUCUUACAGUUUUGCAUGCUUUGCUGCUAGUGACAUUGAAGGUGGGUUGCCACUGGAAAUGGAGCAAGUUGCCCAUUGAAACACGCAUUACAGCGUACAUUCUUUGUCAGCUCUGUCUACAGUCAAUGAUUUUUCUCCCUCUUUUUUGUACCUGAGUUUACUUAAUAAUAUUAUCCUGACUUAUAAUAAAUUGAUCCCUUGUCUUGCUCAGUUGAGGAACCAUUUAAACAAUGCAAUAAAGCAUCAAGGACAACCCAAUGCAGUCAACCUCACCAAUCCAGAAACAUUACAGCUACAUCUGGAAACACGGCUGGCUCAGUUGGAAAGUGCUAUUAACAUGGAGCUAUGGCAGGUCUGUCACAUAAUUAGGCAUUAAACUCUGCAUGUAGCUGCAGUGUAAAUGGGAUUUUUACAAACUCUUUAAACUCAUCCAGUCUUUGCUGCAGGUACAGUACAGGCCACAGGCAUUGCAGCACUUACAUGCACGUAAAUUGCGUGCAAUAUGGUGGAUUUCCACGAAAAAUCCACGCAAAAAACUUGCGAGCUUUUACACGCAGACUUUUUACACGCAAAUUUGAGUGUACUUUUAUGGUGACUGAUUUUGCUUACAAAAAUACACACAAGUUGUGUGUAUUUCUUUACAACAGAAAAUGUGGGUGAUGUGAAAUUAGAAACGGACAUUGUGGAAAAACGUCUUUUCGUGGUGAAAGAGAAAACAACUUGCUAUACACUUUCUCUUAUUACGAUCAUGCUACGAUCGCGAAUGUCAUGUUUUGUAAUCAACAAUUUCUUUGGCUGUUGGCUGAAGCGCUAUUUCAUAUGUAAACUUGGAUGCAUGUUACUUGCCACGACUGUUGUUUUGAAAUAAGUUCAAUGCUUUAGCUUGCGUAGCAGGCACUCGGACUUCGGAGAGAGUAAAAUUGUAGAGAAAUGAUUUGAAGGGUAACAAAAAUUACUUCGAGGUAGCUUGGGUAAAAUUACAGUAACUGGCUGUAUGAAAGAAUUCCAGGAGAAAUUAACUUGAGUAAGCACGACGUUCAAGUAAGCGAGGGUUCGAACAAUCGGAAUGACUAGAAGGUUUGAUUUCGCACAAUGGGCACUAAAUUUUACAGACCACACAAGUUUUCUCUCUUACAUAUGCCUUUUUUCUAACAAUGAAUUAGCGUCGAGCUUCACGAUAUGUCCUUACUUGUUGCUUGAAAAUUCAAUGCGUCACUAAACUUGGAUACAAUUUCACUCCGAAUUUGCUUGUUAUUUGUGACGCGCCGUCUGUUAAAAAUAGACAAUAUUUAAAGUAAUUUGAUCCCAUGCUUGUGUAAAUGAUAAAAAUGCAGUGUGUUAUUUUGUUUACCCUUGGCAAGGAUUAAACACUCUUUGCUGAAAACAUAGACCUUAAAAGAAAACCUUUCCUCCGCAGGUAAAACUAAAACCUGGGAACUAAAAUUAAUUCUUGCAGUAAUGCCGGAUUUUUUGCUUAAACAUAGACAAUUCUUGCCAAAAUAACAAGUCUGUCUUAUUUCGGAUUUACAUUGCAGGAAGGACAGAGGAGAAAGGAGAUUGCUGCCCGAGAAAAUAACUCAAAGCAGCGCGCUCAAUAAAAGUAGGAGAUAAAAUGCUGUAAACAAAAUACAUAUAGUUGGUCCAUCAAAAUAGUCGCGAAUUGAUGACUGAAACUGAUUUUAGUUGAAACCUUUUUAUAAUCUCUGUGAAGUCUACAAAUGAAGAUUCAAGCGAAGAACAUGUAAAUAUUUAAAAACAAUGUUUCAAAAUCUAAUGCUGUUCCCAUAAUUUAGAAGAAUCAUGCAUCAUACCAAUUUACCCUUAUAGCCUAGGGGGCACUCCCAUAUACAUGUAAAAGUGACGGGGAUGCUCUGACAUCACAAAAUUAAAAUUAAACCCCUAAGACAGACCAAUGUGGGUGUGGCUCAAGCUUAAACUGACUCCUAAAGGAGACCAUAUGAAAACAGACAUAAUGGCAUUUUUUGUAAAUUUCUUUAUGCACAACCCCAAGCGAUACCUGAAUGGGCAAAUAUAGUGACUUUCCAUUUCACCCCUUAGUGAGACGACGAGCAUUCCCGUCACUUUUAUAUGGAAGCCGCAACCCCCAGGCCUCAAAGUCUCCCUAUUCACAGUUGGGUAAUAUGAAGCGACUCAAGCAAGCUGCUGAAAAUUUGUGGUUCAAUUUUAUCUGUAGUUCAAAUUUUCCUUUUUUUCGUUUUUGGGUACGGUAAUGUAUGAUAAUGAGUUUGAAACAAAAGAAAAGAAAAUUUGAAACAAGGAUAAAAUUGAACCACAACAUAGACACUAAUCCUUGUUCUUGUUUUGUGAAUGUCUCCUUUUUGUUUGCAGUGGAAAUUAAAAAUUAAUAUGAAAUGUUGAGGCAUUCACAAACUGUAUGCUCCUUUUGUUAUUGUCGUUUGUUUUGUGGGUCAUUGUAAUCUUACACUUUACAUUUAUUUACCAUACCCAAGAACAGUAGAAAAUAAGACAAGGAUAAUAUUGAAUGCUACAUACAUUGUAUGUAUCAUGCUAGUGUCCUGCACACUCAAACAUAUCAGUAGCCUUAGUGUCAUGUACACAUACAUGUAGUAAUAGUUUUUUUAAAUAACCUGCUAUAGCUUUUCUGAGUAGUACAACAUGCUCAGAAACAUGAAAGCUUGGUGUGGGUUUCAAAACCACCACUUUCUGACGUUUGAAAAUAAUUUCUGAUUUUGUUAGAUUAAACUUCUGUCUUUCUUUACCUCUUUAGUGUAUUGCUCAGUUUUGUCAGUGGAGAGGACACUCAGGAUCGUACUGACAGGGUUAUGUUAACACCCUGGGUGAAGUUUCUUUGGGAAGCUUACCGCAACGUGUUAGAACUGCUGAGAAAUAAUGUCCGUGUGGAGAAGCUAUACCAUGACACUGCCCAACAAGGUAACAUAUCUUUUGAUAACUUGCUAUGCUGUUUAUGUACAUGUACAUAGACACGGAAACUCCAUUGUGUACUCAGUGAUUUUGUUAGAAAUUACUGUGGAGUGGUCUUGUGAAAAAUCCCAGCCCAGAACCAUUGAGUCCCAUGCUUAAGAUCCUUGAACCCUCAUGUAACCAGAUAUUAAACCUUGGUAACAUUAAUAUUAUUAUGACUCAAUAUUACAGUAUACUGAAAGUAAACUACCGUGUUUCCAUUCCUAAGUACAGUACAACAUACAACGUAACUCCAACCCCAGUUCCCCUUACAUGUAUUUCUUUACCUUUUUUAUUCCCAAAAGUGGCUAAAGUCAAAAUUCCACAAAAAUUCCAAUUAAGUUCAUUUUGUCAAAUGCUAAAAUCAAAUGACACUGUUGAAAAUAAAUGCACUGCCAAAGUAGUGUACUCAGUCCUCAUUAAUGGUCACCCUGCAAGAUUUCCUUCACAGAUACAGUAGUUAGAAACAACUUACAUGUACAAGACUCCAUCAUUCACUUUUCAAAGGUAAAGGGUUAACAAGGCCUGGAUUUUAUGCCAUAUAUAACUAUUGGAAAUAAAAUGAUUUUUAUUGGAGAGUUUGAGUGGAAAUGCCUUGUAUUCUUUGAAAUCUGUACCUACAGAACUUUUUUAGGCAGACAAUAGGGGUCGUUUUAUUACAGAUUAAAAAUCACACAAGCAAAUCCCCACAAAUGUCUUUAGAUUGAUAUAGUAAAUCUUUGCAUCCUACAGGAUGCACGUCAUCUUUAAGGAGUUUUAUAGCCAGUGAUGCAAGGGUAACAAAAUCACAUGUACUUCAUGGAACUUUUUACGUAAAAUUAUUUUUUAAGGUUGAUACAUUAAACAAAACAGUAGUUUAGGAGUUUACUGACAAAGAAUACUCUGGUAUCUUAGCUUUCAAGUUUUGUUUGAAGUACUCUCGACGUACAGAAUUUCGAAAGUUAUGUGACAAUGUAAGUACAAUUUCAUUGUUAUUUAAUGCUAAGUAUACAGCUCUAGAACUUUUAUUGAAUUAUUUAACAUUGACUUUACAGCCAUUUACAUUGUACUGCCCUGACGUUUUUGUUAUAACAGGCUCAUUCUCUUCAAGUGAAGUUGAACUUUUUUACCAUAGUGUUUGUAAAAUUACUUUUCAGUGCUUUUAUGCCUUCUUUCAAGUGACAGUUCUCUAGAAUACUCAUUAAAAAAUUUAUAAUGAAAGGCUACAGACUUACACAGCCUUAAAGAUAACUUGGUACUGGUAGAACCUGUGGGAAAGGUUGGCUGCUUUCUGUUGAUUGUUAAACCUCAGUCUUCAAUGAAAUAGCUAUAGAUGAGGAUACAUUUACACUGAAUAUACACUGUACUCUACUUUCAUUUGAUAUUCCAUCGUCAACAAAAUAAGGCAAGAUAAUAGUCGCACAUAAUUUAUCUCUUACAGUUUUGCAUGCUUUGCUGCUAGUGACAUUGAAGGUGGGGAGGGAAAGUUGCCACUGGAAAUGGAGCAAGUUGCCCAUUGAAACACGCAUUACAGCGUACAUUCUUUGUCAGCUCUGUCUACAGUCAAUGAUUUUUCUCCCUCUUUUUUGUACCUGAGUUUACUUAAUAAUAAAUUGAUCCCUUGUCUUGCUCAGUUGAGGAACCAUUUAAACAAUGCAAUAAAGCAUCAAGGACAACCCAAUGCAGUCAACCUCACCAAUCCAGAAACAUUACAGCUACAUCUGGAAACACGGCUGGCUCAGUUGGAGAGUGCUAUUAACAUGGAGCUAUGGCAGGUCUGUCACAUAAUUAGGGAAAAACAGUCACUCCACUCUGAGGCAUUAAACUCUGCAUGUAGCUGCAGUGUAAAUGGGAUUUUUACAAACUCUUUAAACUCAUCCAGUCUUUGCUGCAGGUACAGUACAGGCCACAGGCAUUGCAGCACUUACAUGCACGUAAAUUGCGUGCAAUAUGGUGGAUUUCCACGAAAAAUCCACGCAAAAAACUUGUGUGUAAAUUUUAACACAAGCUUUUACACGCAGACUUUUUACACGCAAAUUUGAGUGUACUUUUACGGUGACUGAUUUUGCUUACAAAAAUACACACAAGUUGCAUGUAUUUCUUUACAACAGAAAAUGUGGGUGAUGUGAAAUUAGAAACGGACAUUGUGGAAAACGUCUUUUCGUGGUGAAAGAGAAAACAACUUGCUAUACACUUUCUCUUACUACGAUCAUGCUACGAUCGCGAAUGUCAUGUUUUGUAAUCAACAAUUUCCUUGGCUGUUGGCUGAAGUGCUAUUUCAUAUGUAAACUUGGAUGCAUGUUACUUGCCACGACUGUUGUUUUGAAAUAAGUUCAAUGCUUUAGCUUGCGUAGCAGGCACUCGGACUUUGGAGAGAGUAAAAUUGUAGAGAAAUGAUUUGAAGGGUAACAAAAAUUACUUCGAGGUAGCUUGGGUAAAAUUACAGUAACUGGCUGUAUGAAAGAAUUCCAGGAGAAAUUAACUUGAGUAAGCACGACGUUCAAGUAAGCGAGGGUUCGAACAAUCGGAAUGACUAGAAGGUUUGAUUUCGCACAAUGGGCACUAAAUUUUACAGACCACACAAGUUUUCUCUCUUACAUAUGCCUUUUUUCUAACAAUGAAUUAGCGUCGAGCUUCACGAUAUGUCCUUACUUGUUGCUUGAAAAUUCAAUGCGUCACUAAACUUGGAUACAAUUUCACUCCGAAUUUGCUUGUUAUUUGUGACGCGCCGUCUGUUAAAAAUAGACAAUAUUUAAAGUAAUUUGAUCCCAUGCUUGUGUAAAUGAUAAAAAUGCAGUGUGUUAUUUUGUUUACCCUUGGCAAGGAUUAAACACUCUUUGCUGAAAACAUAGACCUUAAAAGAAAACCUUUCCUCCGCAGGUAAAACUAAAACCUGGGAACUAAAAUUAAUUCUUGCAGUAAUGCCGGAUUUUUUGCUUAAACAUAGACAAUUCUUGCCAAAAUAACAAGUCUGUCUUAUUUCGGAUUUACAUUGCAGGAAGGACAGAGGAGAAAGGAGAUUGCUGCCCGAGAAAAUAACUCAAAGCAGCGCGCUCAAUAAAAGUAGGAGAUAAAAUGCUGUAAACAAAAUACAUAUAGUUGGUCCAUCAAAAUAGUCGCGAAUUGAUGACUGAAACUGAUUUUAGUUGAAACCUUUUUAUAAUCUCUGUGAAGUCUACAAAUGAAGAUUCAAGCGAAGAACAUGUAAAUAUUUAAAAACAAUGUUUAUUCGGUCAAAAAACUAGGAUCCUUUUUAGCCCAGAUCACAGUAAAUACUAUCAUUUGAACGUGCCUCGAAAGUUUGAUUUAUGCUAACAAAUUAAAGCCACCCGCACAAGUACACCUGCACUCGCUCAGCCAGCGAUGUAAGAACUCAAGUAAACUGAAUACACACAAAUUAUAACAACCUGCGUGUAAAGUUUUACAUGCAAAUUUUGUAAUUUGCGUGUGUUUUCUCGUGUAUUUUUGCGUGUAUUUUUUUGCACAAUUGUUUCACACGUGUUUUUAUCGUGGAAUUUGCGUGCAAUGUGGCGGAUUUCCACGUAUGAAACACGCGUGUAAUGCCGCAAUGCCCAUGGCCUGUACUGUAUACUGACAUUAAAGUCUGUGUCUGUGGUCGUUGUGUUGUCAUCAUCACUCAAAAUUAAUGUAUUUUGUUAUUGAAAAGACUGAUCAAGUUGUUGGACUGGCUAAGACUGCAAAAAUACAUUACUGCUCAAAAGUAAGUUACCACCCUUUCACGAGACAAGACUCUCAUCUCGAAAGACAAUACAUUAAUCUGUCGAGUCGAGACUCUCGUUACACGAGGAGAAGGUUAAAAAACUGUAAGUGUCAAACAUCUUCGGAAUUGUCAUGGAUAUCAUGACAAAAAUACUUCUGUGCACAGCUUUCUGAUCAUUGUGUUAGACCUCCAAUUCCUCAAGUAUACUUCGAUAAAGAACAUGGUUGUCAUGUGCAUGUAUAGUUUCGCAUGAAACCUCUAAGAGCGAAAACAGCCUUAAAACUAAUUUAAGUGAGUUUUUUGCUUGAUAAAAACUGAUCAGACUGACUUUUUUAUCAGCUCAUAACAUUGUAAUAAAUGUGCUUAGAGACAAGUUUUGGAUUGCGGUAGCAAGUGUGGUUUUCUGCUGGCUGAGGGAUGAAAGAAGCAGAAAAUGUUUUUCUCACACACGGCUGGGAGUAUGGGUUUGAGGCAAAAUAUCAUUAGAACUUCACAUGGAAGAUGGUUAUGAAUGUCAAGAGCUAAAUUCCAAGUUUGUAGAAACUCGAAAUUGGAGAGUUGCCAAAAUUACUUUGAUUGGGAACAGACAACAAAUUCAACUUGAUGCAUGCAUUUAAUGAACUAGGAUUUCAGCUGACUCAGAUAUAGCCCCAAAAUAUUUUGGAUUAAGCUCAAAAUAAUAAUAUUGUUUGUUAGAAGAGAAAUAGUUCCAUACUUCUACAAACGUAGCCGACUUUUGAAGCUUAGUCGUGACAGCAUUUUGGCAAGAACUUUGUUUUGUUGUCUUUUCGUUUCUCGGUCAAAGAGAUAUCUCGAGUUUCUCUCAUAAUUUAUUCCAAAAUUGCCACUUCAGUGAUUCUCGAGAGACAAGCGAGAUGAGACUGGUAAGUUACUUUUGAGCGGUACCAUACACUUUUCACAGAAUAUCUAAUGACUACAAUUUUAUGUCAAGAAAGUCCAGAUUUCAUGGUACGUCAAUGGGUAGUCAAAUUUUUACUCAUUCCCUGCAUUAUGUCAUUACAUUCCACUUUAGGAGGCAUUUAAAGCUGUAGAGGAUGUUUAUGGACUGAUGCAGCUGUCCAAAAGGCCCCCAAAGCCACAAGUCAUGGCCAACUAUUAUCAGAAGGUUGCUCUUGUUUUCUGGAAAGCUGACAACUACUUAUUUCAUGCAAGCACCCUUCAUCGUCUUUAUGUACUGUCCAGGGAACAGAAACGCACCAUGACUAAUGAGGAACAUCAAAAGUAAGUCAGGUUUUGUAUAGAGAGUGACAUACAGUUCUUGUAUAAUGAGUGAGUCAACUAGUGAUGACAGUACAGAAUAAAAAUAAUGUGUUAAAAAAAACAUGAUAAUUGUUUCAAUAAUAGUGUGUUAUCAUUGUUGUCUUAUGUUGUUAAUUCCUUUUUUAGUGGCUACAGUUUCUUGAUAAAAGUGUGUGUCAUGUGUAGGUCAUUUCUAUCAUUCUUGUGCGGUGAAGUGAAACCUCCGGAGCCGAAGCUGUGUUCGAUAUCUGCUAUCUCCCAUUCUCGGUUUUAUAAAGUGUUGAUUAUUGAUUGAUUUCUUUGCUAUUUCUAUCCAUUCGAAAUUGCUUCAUGUGUUGAUUGAGUUGUACUGGUACUGAAUAUUUUUUAAUUGCUUGUAGUAUUAAACAUUGAAAAUCACAAUGUUGGAAAAUGCUAAGACGAAUCUGCCACUUUUACUAUGUAAACAUUCAAUAUAUCAGAUAUUUGCAUAAAUUUAACCCAUUCGCUCCUGGAGAUUUUGCCGAAAAACGCGUUUUGAAGCUAGUCGAGUGGUUUUCUGGUCACUGUCGUGCUAUAAAGAGCUAAAACUUACCACAAACCGGUCUACAGGUCGUACACUUGGCGGCCUUCUGAUCCAGAUGCAAAAUAUCAGCUUGCGAAGUUCGGGCAUGCGCAGAAAGCAAAAUUUCGACAUAGUUUUUGGGUUUAAAAGUGACACAGCAGUCUUGACUUUUACUUUUCGCUUUCUCUCCUCCCUUCUUUUUUCGCUUUUCUUGCCUCAUUUUUUUUUUCUCUUGCUGGGCAUUUAGUAGGCUUCAUUUUGGUGGGAAGAGUUUUUAGGAAAGCUUUUAGGAUCUUAGGAUUAGGUGAAAGGAAAGGUAGGUGGGUAAUGGAACAAGAUUUUCAUGGAGAUUUUCAGGUCCUUGUCACGUGGUUUUUUGCUUCUUUCUCCGGUGUCCUUGACUGAAUUGUGGUCAUUCUGGUAUGGUUUGAAAGAUCUCUUCACUCUGCACAAGUUACCGAAGAAAGUUGUCCUUGACCGUUAAAACUGAUGACGUCACAAAGGGUAGAAAGGACCUGGAUCCGCACGGGCGGUUACGGGCGGUUCAGGGGCGAAUGGGUUAAUCAAAAAACCUAAAAAUGGCCUUUUACCAACUUUUUCACCUGAUUUUACUUGAAAUAGACAGAUUUGGUUGUUUUAUGCUGAAAAGUGGAUUUUUUUCAAAAAGCUUGGUACUUUGCUUAACCCAUUCGCUCCUGGAGAUUUUGCCGAAAAACGCUUUUUGAAGCUAGUCGAGUGGUUUUCUGGUCACUGUCGUGCUAUAAAGAGCUAAAACUUACCAAAAACCGGUUUACAGGUCGUACACUUCAUGGCCUUCUGAUCCAGAUGCAAAAUAUCAGCUUGCGAAGUUCGGGCAUGCGCAGAAAGCAAAAUUUCGACAUAGUUUUUGGGUUUAAAAGUGACACAGCAGUCUUGACUUUUACUUUUCGCUCUCUCUCCUCCCCUCUUUUUUCGCUUUUCUUGCCUCAUUUUUUUUUUCUCUUGCUGGGCAUUUAGUAGCCUUCAUUUUGGUGGGAAUAGUUUUUAGGAAAGCUUUUAGGAUCUUAGGAUUAGGUGAAAGGAAAGGUAGGUGGGCAAUGGAACAAGAUUUUCAUGGAGAUUUUCAGGUCAAUGUUACAUGGUUUUUUGCCUCUUUCUGCGGUGUCCUUGACUGAAUUGUGCUCAUUCUGGUAUGGUUUGAAAGAUCUCUUCACUCUACACAAGUUAGCGGGCAAAGUUGUCCUUGACCGUUAAAACUGAUGAUGUCGCAAAGGGUAGAAAGGACGUGGAUCCGCACGGGCGGUUACGGGCGGUUCAGGGGCGAAUAGGUUAAAACACUGACAUUUUUAAAGUUUUGUCUUUAAUAUGGUAAUUUUGUUACAACAUUUGUAAUGAGUGCUUUAUCUUUGCCAGAAAUUACAAUAGUUUUAACUUUGACUAAGCUGCUGAACGAACCUUACAUGCCACAUUGCACGUGCAGUUUAGAAGUCGCAACAACAUGACUGCCUUGAAGUUCUAUUUUGUUUUUCAAGCACAUGGUGUUUGAUGGACAUUCGUUCUUUUGUCACUCGUUGCAAUGUUUCGUUGCAUACAUUUUUGCACAGACAACGCACGGUAAACAUAUUGGUAAUGGAAGACAAAUGUGUUGAAAAACAAGGUACACUGAGUGAAACAAACUAUUAAAGAAUUUAAUUUUUCUUUGGAAAAUAAUUGUCCUCUCAUCACAUGGCGUUAAAUUAAAAAGGUUAAAAAAAAAAAAAUCCUAUAUUCAAGGCUUCAAGGCGGUAAUUUCCAUUACAAAACUUUUACCUUCCAACUGUCAUUUAGUGAAAUAAAGUUGCUCAAAAUUGGCCUUAGCUUUGUGAAUGAUGUAAAACACUGUAAUUCCAAGCAUUCACAGGAGUAGUGGUUAUUUAUAAAGUUGUUUACAAAGUCUUAAUGGUGAUUACUUGAAGUUGAAAUGUUUUCUUUCCUUUGUUUUGCAGAAUGGCGUCACGAGUUUUGCUAGCAACCAUGGCAGUUCCAAUUCCAGUGUCACUCAGUGAGACAGAAAAACACCUUGAGUAUGAUGAAAAUGUGCGUGAGAAAUCACGACGUUUAGCCAACUUACUUGGCUUACAGAGUAUCCCCACAAGAGCAUCCCUUGUAAAUGACAUGGUAAGAAACAAAACUACGUAUCUUUCAUUUUCGUUAGACUUGGGGUACUUACCAUUUACAGUACAUGGAAAAACUGGAAAUUCCAGUUGGAAAAUCAAAUGGUUCGCACUAUUCCAUUUGGGAUUCUUCAGAAAACAUGAGCAAUGCAAUAAUAUUUUUCUACUCUUUUUAGUCUGUUCAACUGUUUUGGAUAGUAUUUUGUGGCAGGUUCUCCUACCACGUCAAAUUUUACAGUUUAAUGUUUAUGCACAAGAUUUCCACUUGGGUGGUUUGUGUAAAUGGUAAGCACCCCUGGUUUUCACUUGCAACAGAGUCAAAGUCACAAUCAGUAGCAUGGGGCAUUAUAUUCUAGUGAAUAUCAAACCUAUGGCAUCUAAACAGCAUUUCCAAUUCCUCUAUGAAUCUGUUGCUUAUGAUCUAGUGAAAGCCAUAAGUCAAAGCUGGGGAACCAACCAAAUGCAGCACUUUGACUCAUCCAUUUUGUAUUCAGUCAGUUCUCUAAAAGGGACGCCAUACGGACCAGCCCCAGCAGGCUGUCUUAGAAUAACUUCAAGUACCAUGACUGAAAAAUAGCAGGGAAACGUCCAACACCAGGUGUCCAUCUUAGAGAACGGUGUUUAUCUUAGAGAGGUGUCUGUAAAGAGAGAAGAAAUUGUAGUUUAUUCUUUCAAUUUUGGCUGGUGACUCCCACGAACUAUUUUACAUGUAUGUGAGAAGGUGCAAGGGUGUCACAAGUGGAAUCAAAUGGAUGUGUUUUGAUUUUUGUGAGUUUGUUUUGACUGAGUUUACUGCUCUGUUUUCACUAAGGCUUAAGCACUCGUAUAAGUCUGUUGCCAGGGAAAACCACCCUUAAAGGUAGAGCACCAUAGUGUAGUAUAAGAAGUACCCCAAACUUUUUAAUGUGAGUUUUCUAAGUUAACAAACUGAAAAGUAAGUCAAAAUACUGGGCUAUAAGGCUCAGCCACAAUUUUUGGUGAUGUUUACCAUAACUACAAGAUGCUCUCCAAUGACACUGAUUACAGCCAUUCACCUAAGUGAACAAAAGUGAAAAAGGGUACAUAUCAUUUUCAAUCAAAAGAGAAAAAUCACACCUAUCAACACAAAAAGCAUUGUUUUCUAAGGCUGUGAAUACUUAGGGAAUCCGUUUUUGUUCCAUGAGCAAGUCAGCUGUCUUGGUUGUGGCAUAUUGACAUCAAUCGCAUAAUACACAAGCCUGAAUAUUUUGUUAAUUAAUUGCCAAAUAUGGUAAAAAAAAGCCCUUAUUUAAUCAAAAUAACUGUGAUAAAAGAGCUCUCACAACACUCCUUUAUAAGAGGCACUUCAAAAUUACAACAGAUUUAGAGCUAUCAAGCAAACUUUCCUUGAAAAAUGCUGCGCCUUAUAAGCGAAAAAAUAUGGUAAUUGGAUUUAUCUCAUAAGAAUCUGAAUUUUGCAAAGGCAAAAUAAAAAUUAAAUGUAAUAUUAGAUGACAAUAUUGAAGAAGAACACAGGGUUGUCACUAAGAUUUCAAGUUGCCGGGUAUUUGUUGUUAGUAGCCGGGGAAGUCGCAAGCAGUCAUGGAAACCACCCCCUGCCCCCCCCAAGAAGUUUUUGAAGUGCAACUUCUACCGUUUUCCAAAAGGCAUUCUCGCCCCAAAAAAGCAAUCUUCAUCGAAAGUACAGCUAUCAUGAGCGGUUUUAUGAUGAUCAGGUCUUUAUUAAAGGAAACUACAAUAUUGUGAGACACUAAAAUAAUAACUUUUUACUUUACGUAAAGGCUCAUUAGAAGGUUUUUUUAGUGACCGCCAAAUGGAUAUAUACAUGUAAGCACCAGGUCUGAAAAAAAUGACAGGUAGGCAGCGGUCACGUUAUCCGCGCAGUCUUAUCUUCACGCAGACAAGGUGCAUGCUGGCCAGUGAAGUGUUAAAUCACAACGAUACUUUACAAAUGUUAAAAAUGUGGAAAGGACAAUCGAUUCUUAUAUGGUGCAAAUGAAUUAACAUGCGCUGUAAAAUCAAUUGUAAAUCCUCAUUUAGUUAUACGUAAGAACGGAACAACUUACGGAAAACAAAAGUAAAACUAAUAUUACAAAUGAAUUAACCCACGGAGAAGCAGAAAGAAGACAAGCGGACGAUGAAUGUACGAAAAAGCAUCAUGAACAUAAGGUUACUAUGGUUUGUUGAAAAAUAAAAGUAUGAUAAGGCUAAAACAAGCGUAACGUACGAAAAAUCGCAGGGUAAAAUAUGGCAAAACUAAACUGCACAACUGGUAAAAUUAGUGGUCUCGAAUUUAGGAACGAAAUAUCACUUGACAUACGAAGAAACUGACGGAAAAGCGUUUAAAAGACAGGGCUAAUACUUUAUAAACGACGCUGACAUGUCAAAACGAGACUCAAGGAGAAGAAUGCAAAAGUAAUGCUAAUGCUUAACUUCCCUUUUAUAUAUAACUUCUUGGAAGUAGAACUGAGAGGAUGUGAUCUUGACCUGCGGACAAUGAUCGAACAUUUUCCGUUGACCGUGCGUUAUUUUAUAUACUCGAUACUUAAAGCUAAAUGUAGACCUGAUCACUUAAACGUCAAUUUAUUAAACAUAGCAAUCGGUCCUAGUCUUCAUCUUCAAAGCCUUCAUCAUAAUUCACAUUAUCAUCAACAUCGGCAUCAGGGAGAUUUAACACUCGGAUGAAGCCUCAACUUCAUCUGUGAUGUCAACAGAGAUCUGCUCAGGUCUUUCAUCGUGAACAAAGAGUAAAGAUUCCUUUGCCACUUCUUCGACAUGUUCAACACAAAGCCGACAUAACGGUUGAAACUAGGGACUUUUAGCAUCGACAAAGGUGACGGCAGCGAAAACGUCACUUUUAAAAUGAAUUGGCAUUUUUUCCAACUUUGUUGCGUUUAUUUCAAUUCGCUGAAAAUAGCUAAUGUAGGCUAAUUUCCCUGGAGUUGAUUUCUUUGGGACAGCACUCAAGUUUAGAAAGAGAAAGAAAAGUUUGUCGUCGCUUGUUUACGUCCUCCAUAAAACGUGAAACUAAGCAUUUUCACGUUGUAGUCGUGCAGUAACGGCAAAGAAAUGUACAAAAAUGUGUGAUGCACGUGCAAACUAGUUGUUUUGCGCAAUAAACCUAUUGCUUUUUUGACGUUCUCGUUGCCGUCGCCGUCGUCGUUGCUAAAACUCCCUACUGACAUUUCGCAAACGGAGAGUUUUCGCACGUGUGUACUAGUACCAAAUCUAAGUCAGAUGUCUUUUUCCGACAUUUCUUCAUUUUUGCACACGAGUAUUUCAAAAUUACUUAAACCUGCUGCAGAUGAAACUUGCACUUAGUUUGAUGGAUAGUCUUCGUGUGUUUCAAAGGUAUGUUGUUUUGGUUAAAUUUAACGACGAAAGUAGCCGGGGGCCAUGCUCUGAGUAGCCGGGGGAAAUCCCCGGCCCCCGGCCCUUAGUGACAACCCUGAGAACAACUAUUUACCAAAGCAUUGCAAGAUGUCUCAUACAUAGAAAGUCACCUCUAAUUAUUGUCAUCAGCAAUAAGAGGAAGACAAAGCUAAAAGAGAACAACAAGCCUUGUAUUGUUUCACUUUGAAUGUUCAUAUUUCCUUGUUUAUGUUGUAGAUUAAGAUGAAUGUUCAGCAGCAUAUUAUGCCGCAGUUACAAGACCUGUAUCAGGGUCUGGAGAAGGAAUUCUCACCCCUGAAGCUCUGUGCUCGAGUUAACACCAUCUUUGAGUUCUUACAAGAAAAUGAAGAUUUAGAAUUAGCACAGUAUAUCAAGCCCUUGCAAGAGGUGGCUAUAGUAAGGCUUUUGAAACAGGUGAGCCCAGUUUUAUCUGCUUUCCAGGGCUCUGUGUGGGUACAGUGACAUAUUUACUGUUGAACUGUGUAUAUAAUAACAGGUUUCUCAAGUGUACCAGACUGUGGAGUUCAAGCGACUCUUGUCAUUAGUGCCAUUUGCCACAGAGUUUCAACUGGAAAGAGCCAUAGUAGAUGUUGCUUUGGCAAAUGAACUACAGGUAUGUAUAUGUGUUGAUUAUCGCAGGGGCAUCGCACGUAUAGAUUUGUGGAUUUCUUUGCAAUGAUUCCACUUCCAUUGUGUGUAGUAAAAAUGAUAUUAAUGCGUAAAUGGGAUCUUCACUUUUAGCUCUGGCUAAAUGUAUGUAUUACGUACGUUAUGUAUCUGUUUAUUCAUGUGAUCAGAGUUGGUUUGUGUAUCUAAGUUGAACCUCUACAAGCACAACCUUUUUUUACCCUGCUGAUGUUUAGUUCAUACAUGCAAGUUCUUGAUUUGUCUGACCUCUUCAAAGGUGGCCACUUCUCCUAUUGGUAGUAUUUAAACAAACUAGGAGAACCACUUUUUUAAGUUCUCCAUAAGUUUCUCUGUAUGAUUUUCUGCCAUAGACGCAGUGAAGCCCAUGUCCUGAAAAUUAACAUGAUGUAAAGCCAUUCAGUUACCUAUUGUAUAUACUCUAAAGAAAAUUGUUUUGUUUGGCUUUGCUUUUUGUUAGGUGCGUAUUGACCAUCGAAGUAAAGCAGUCAGCUUUGGACUUGAUCUUCAUGUGGCACAUAAAGAGGAGGUACCAGAGGGGCCUUAUCUUCAGGUAAGCAAAAAAUCUUUAUCUUUAAGCUACAAAGGGUAAUAUACUCUUUACAGUUAGUCAUUCAUGUGGUACAAAACCCUCUUGCCGGAGAGGCUUAGCAAGGAAUGCAGUGGAACAAGACAAACAAAGACUCCACAUCAGCAUUCUUUUAAAAUGGUUAUUUUCUUUGUUUGUUUUAUCCCAGUGUGUCCCUUUCUCUCCAGCAUAGCGGUUUGGUACAAAUGUACCUUGUGAAUGACCUGCUUCAAAGGGCUUGUUUGGGUUACUAUUUCUUUUGGUAACUUGAUUCACACGAAGAUGCUACAUGUUAUUGUAGUGCUAUUACUUAAACAUAUAAACUAUGUUUAUGUUAUAUGAUGAUGAAAAAGAUAAGACAGGAUCCAUUAGGAAAUUGAGUAAUUUUAAUUUUCAGUGGUGGACAAAAACCUUGUACCAGAGUAAUUUAAAUCAUAUUGCAUUCUUUUUUGCACUUUUCAAGGGCCAUAAAUGAAAUAAGUUAUAUGAAAAAUAACUCCAAACAAAAGGUUCUUAUGGGAGCCCGAGAAAACAAACUUCAAGAGCUUCAAAUUUCACAAAAUGAAAUCUUACGCAUGAUAAUUUAACCUGUGUUUGCUCUAUUCCUGUGAAAUAUGAAAUUUAUUUUCUCGGGCUUCCAUGAGAACCUUUUCUUUGGAGUUAUUUCUUAUAACUUAUUACAUUUAUAGCCCUUGAAAAGUGUUAAAAAGAAUGCAAUAUUGCUUAAAAUAGUCUGGUUCAAGGUUUUUGUCCACUGAAAAUUAAAAUUAGUGAAUUUCGUGGUGGAUUGUGUGCCAUCUUAACUUCUUUUGAAAUAAUUUAAAGAAUAAAGAUUUACAGCAAAGUUUGCCAAAAAAUAUUUAAAGUAGACAGUUUUAGGGCAAAUGCAAGAAAAUGUUGCUUUGUGCAGCAAUGAGGUUGCAGGCUAUGUAAAAUGGAGUUCAUGUGAAUCAGCAAAUUUGCUGCUAAUAUUUAUAAGGAAAAGUUAUUUUCAUCAGUUGUGUUCUACCAUUAUAAAUAAUAUUAUAAAAGUUGUAGUAAUGCUUGCUGUAUGUGAUGACAAAAUUAUCACCACCUUGUCCUAACAUCCACCUGUGAUGAGGAUAAACUGUACCACCCAUAGACUGAUGAACAGCAAGUUUACACUGUUGGUUAUUAAAAGUUAAAACUUUUUUUGUUUUGUUAAGUCACUAUUUUUGUUUCUCUUUUGUUACAGUCAAUGCCAUCAGAACGGCUAAGAAAUCAGUUGACUCUGAUGUCUUCAGCACUGCACAAGGCCAUCAAUAAAAUUAAACCUGAGGCUAUCAAGGUUUGUUACAAUUGAGAGGUUAAGCAUUGCAUUUACAGCAAACAGCUGCUUUCUGUUUGCUGUCAGUCAUCACUGCAUCUUGUUCUAAGCUUAUUAUUAUUUGUACUUGUGUAAAGUUUUUGUGCUUGCUGUAUGUUAUGAUUAAGUGUACACCACCUUGUCUUAACAUCCACCUGUGGUGAGGAUAAUAUUCAACCACCCAUAGACUGAUAAACAGCAAGUUUACUUUGACUGUGAGUUUUAGUAUGCUAUAAAAUAUCAGUAACAUUACCUUUGUGUUUUUUUUUCUCUCUGUCUCUCUCUCUCUCUUUAAUUUCAAUUGGACUACUAUUUUGUUUACUUGCAAUUGCAUAGGUAAGCAUAUCAGGGCUUGAAAUAGAAAAAAAUUGUGGUCAGUGAACAUCCAGUGUCAAAACAGCUCUCUGUGAUUUUUUUGUUGUUGUUUGACGGGGUCAAAAGUGUUAUUUUUUCCUUUUACAGCAAAAGUGCCACGAUGAACAGCAGAGAAUUGUUCAGCUGUAUUUGCGCUCAGCUAAGAAGGAACACAAGCAGAUGCUUGAGAGGAAGGCUGUGAUUGAAGCUCGCAAAGAAUACUUAGAAUCACUCCAUGUUAAAAGGGUGAGUAUCAAGCGCUUGCUUUUUUUUUAGAUGGGGUGGGAGGGGGGAAAGGAGGGCUGCUAAAAAUGUUCUUCAGGAUAUUAAAACAAACAGAAAAAGAUCAUCAACUAACCUUUCUCCUCCCAUCCCCGUCUUUUAAGUUUAGUUAAGUAUAAUAUCCAUGGAACUGUAUUUGGAAGCAUAAUUAUGUUACAAUAAGCAGUUCAGCUUGCAUGGCAGGCAUUAAAAAGGGAAAGGAAAGAAGAGUAUUUGUGCCUUUCCUUCUUCUUCUUCGGGUUUUGGGCGUGUUGGGUGUGGUAAGGUUAAAAAUUCUGAGAGGAGACUAGGAUGUACAUCGACUAUGUACAAAAUGUAUAUUUACCGCACUGUAUCUCGAAAGCUUUGAAGAGCACUUCGGCUUGUAGUUCUAGCUAUCUGUCUAUGAACAAGGCACAGUCUUUCAAGCAACUUAGACUUACCGGUAAUUCUUUUGACAUCAGGAACAACAAGAGCAGAAGAUGUUAAGGUUACAACAGCAGGAGAGUUUAGAAGCUGAGCAGAAGCGUCUUCAUGAAGAGAGACAGAAGCGUGAGGCAUUGCGUCGGAAACAAGAACUACAAGAGAUAGAAAAGAAACAGGCCAUGGACAAGAUUGCUGCUCUCAAGAAAACAUCUGUUGGAGCUAAAGCAUUGAAGGACCUAACAGAAGAGGUGAUUAACUUCAUAGCCGAUAUUUCUUGCAACUACAACUGUAGAUGGCGUCUUUUUGUAUCCAUUAUUCUGAAUAGAUACUUGUUAAGGCUUGGUUUUUUGUUUUAUGUGCUGUAGAAUGUGACCAUUGUCUAGGACAUUCAUUUGCAGUGGAGUUGCUUUUAAAGUGAAAGUAAUUUCCUGAUAGAAGAAUUAUUCUAGUAACACUAUUCUGUCUGUGGGGGACAUUAAAAAGCAACAUUUCAUUGUCAAUGUGAACAGGAAAUAGAAGCCAUGGAUGCCGAUGAUAUUCUGGCCAGACAAGUUGAGCAGCUUGAUAAAGAGAAGAAAGAACUGCAGAUAAGGCUCAAGACACAGGAGAAAAAGGUACUCACCCCUUUCCCCCUUCAACCAACCUUUCCCUUCCCUCAAUGGUAGGGGAAAUGAGACAUACCUUGAAGGAAAUGUUUGACUUGAGUUAUGGACUAUGAGUUUAUUGACUCACCAGAUAUGAAAAGCAGGAUAAAAUUGAAGGAAAUAAAAAGCUGAAAUUCUCUGGAGCAAGAAUUGAUGAAAAACGCUCCGCAGAUAAAACAAACAUACGAUCUGUAUGAGGUGGAAAAUAUUACUUAUCAACCAAGCUUUUUGUCUUUGUUUUGAGUUGUAAUUCCCUACAGCCGAUUGCCUUAUUGACAAUGAAGAGUUUAGUUAGGGUACGAACCUUGUUUAAAAAUAGGGGAAAAAACUAUAAAUACCGGCAGACUAUGAGUAUAUCUGUCGUCCCUUACCCUCCCGUCCCUUUUGGACGCCUGCCUCACAUGCUAGCUGAAUUCAAGCCCAUACACCCAUGGACACAUUCCUCUUGUUGGCCUCCCAUGAUUACUGUCCUGUUGUUACUUCUGCAAAUUACCAUGUUGUUGAAUAAUUAUUGUGUUAAUUAGUUUUGCUUUAGAUAACAUAACUUCAAGCCACACCUGGAGAACUAUUAAAAUCGUGAAGCCUUUAUUUUUGUUUGCUCUGUGUAGAUGGAUUACUUUGUAAGAGCUAUGCGUGUCGAGGAAAUUCCACUUUUGAACAAACAGUAUGAAGAGCACUUAGUGCAAGAUAAGGAGUUUUGGGAAGAGCAAGAAGAAGAGAGGGUAAGAAGUUUUGAAGUUUUUGUUGAUUUUCCUCUUAUUGUAGCCUCCCACGCAGACCUCCUUUUCGCUCGUCACGCAAUCCUCCCGAACGCGUGACGAAGCCCUUAGAAGGUCAACGUGAGAGGCUACUCUUGUUGAAGCUUAAAAAGAUAAGUAAUUACUUGGGGUAAGCUCGUUUCAUAAGCUUAGGUGGUAAAAGUAUUAAUUAAUAAAUUAUUAAUAAAUUAUUUCUUAUUUUGUGGCAGAUUAACAAAACUGUUACCGAGCACAAGAAAUUGGUAGAAACUAGUGGCAGACUUCAACGAAUGGUUCCUGACAAAGACGCUUUUCUUGAAAACCUCAACAAGGCUCGGCAAGCAGCUCAUGAGGUGAGAAACGCAUCAUGUACAAUGUACCUUGUCAUAUAGAUGGGUUUCAAACAAAAAGUCGUGAGAAAGUCGCCAAUGAUGAGGGGUGCGUGAACAUAGACGUGUAGUGAUUUAUGAAAUGUAACAUGCCGCCCUCCAUUCCUCAGAAAAGCGCCCCGCUCUCUCCCCUCCGACCGAGAGCCUUUUUUUUUCACAUAAUAGCAAGUUAACGGCGCUAUAGAGUUGAUCCUCCCUUUCCUAGAAUAAUGUUUGUUAGGCACUCGACCUGAGAAUUAAUUGAGUUCCUCUGAUUCUUUUUCCAGGAAAAGAUGAAGGAAUUUCAAAAGCGUUUGGAUGAGGCUCGUAAGAGGCGUAUGGAAGAACGUCGUAAAGAGCGUAUUUUGGAAAGAAAGGUACAGCGCAGAAUUGAAAAGGAAGAAAGAGAAAGAAAAGAAAGGGAGGAAAAAGAAAGGCGAGGUAAGAUAUGACACAUAUUUAUUUAUGGCUACAGUACUUGUUUUAACAGAGUUAGAUUGAUUUUGAAGGCGUAUUGUUGCAUGUUGCUUUCGUAGAUAUACCCUUGUUUUAAGCCGUGCUCUGUCAUCUGCAGUUAUAUUUGACAAUAGAACGAAACUAUUUGAUAAACGCAGGUAGUGUUUUAUCAAGUUAAAACACGGGGCAUACCUGAGUUGCUUACUCAACUGCUUGAUUUAUAACCUUGACCCUAUAAUAAACUGUGUCACACUGCAAUGCUGAUCAGUAGGUAUCCAAGAAAUAGUAUUGCCCAGUUGCUUUCUUUGAAUGCAUAUCAUCUGCAUAAUUAUAGAGCUGAUUCAAUAAAGGUUGCUUUGGGCAUUGGGAAUUGGGUAAAAGGAAGCUAUUGUUUGGUGGUCACUCGGGAAAUCAUGACAUUGUUCCGUAUGCCCAAACGCCCAACUGCUAAUUCCCAAUGCCUAAAGCAACCUUUGCUGAAUCAGCUAUAUAUUGCAUGAUGAUGAUGAUGAUGAUGAUGAUGAUGAUGAUGAUUUGUAUUAGGAUAUAUUUACAUGUACAUUGUAAACAGUUAUCAAAUGCAGUAUAUCAUUUUGUUGUAGAGCGCGAAGAGCGUGAGGAGGCUGAGCGAAAGGAAAAAGAGGAAAAGGAGCGUGAGUAUCAGGAGAGAAUCGCCAGGUUGAAUGAGAUGGAGCGUAAGAAGAGAGAAAGGGAAAAGGAAAUUGAAGAAAGGGAAGCUGCUCGAGAGAGGGACAUGAGAGAUGGAGACAACAGAGACAACAGGGAUAGAUGGGGUCCCCCGCGAAGAGACGUCAGAGAUGAAAGAGGUAAGCUGAGCUAGCUCAUAUGAGCCACUCACUACAAUAUUCACUGCCAUAAAGCAAGUUAUUAAGUCAUCGUCUCUUCUUUCAGCAUUUUUUGUUCUGGCUAGUGAAAAGGUUUCCUUUAAUUCAUUCCCCCUGAACCGCCCGGAACGGCCCGUGCACAUCCACAUCCGUUGUACCUCUCUUGACGUCAUCAUUUUAACGGUCAAAGACAACUUUGUCAUCUAACUCAAAUAAACUUUUGCAAGGAAAAGAGGCCUUUCAAACUCUAUGGCUAAACAAACCGUGUAACGUUGACCCAAAUAUUCCAAUGAAAAUCUGUUUCCACUACCCACCUACACUUCCUCCCAUCUAAUCCUCCCAAUGCCUAAAGCAACCAUUAUUGAAUCAGCUAUAAACGGCGUUUUGGGCAGUUUUGGUUUUUUAUAGCCAGACCGUGACCAGAAAACGGCUCGACUACAAUCUUGAACAAAAUAAAUGGAAAACCUAGACCUCCCCCCCUCCCCCCCAAAUCAAGGAUGGGAAAAUGGCGCGUUUUUGCCCUUUGCGCGGCUUCAUCCUUGAUUUGGGGGGGGGGGGAUAAGGGUUUGCUGUUCCAUUUUAUUUUGUCCAAGAUUGUCCGAGAGUAAGACUUGCGUUACCCAAAGCGUACUGUAUGGUUAUCAUGACUUAAAACUCGCGGUCGCAAGCUUUCGAAGGUUAACACUUUAAACGCAAACCUCGCCUCAUCAUGAAUAAGCCCGAGCGAGAUUGCAAAAAAUGUUACUAAUGACAUUCAAUAAAUGCUUUUUGUGUAUUUUAUUUAUUAAAGAAGUAGAACGCAUGAAUACAUGACACUAUUAGUGUCAUAAUAGUAACAUACUUCUUUCACAAAACUGACUCUUUUUCUCGACGAAAAUUCUUUUGAAAUUAUUGCGCAAACUGCAUCGGUUGUAUAUUUCUACUUAAACCUACAAACGCUCUUUGCCAGAAUAUGACGAUGGAGUUGCUUUCUCAGUACACAUCAAACAGGUCGAGCGAAAGCCCCGACAGCUCUGAUAAAUACUCAGAAACAGCCAAAGUCCGAAGCGUUUACUUACUGACUUAUGGCAGAGCAGAUCUCCGUAUUUUCCCUGAGAGAAAGUCGUUCGCAGGUGCCGUUUGUGAAGCAGUUUUAAACUGCGAGGGACCGAAAGCAAAAAUUGUACAGUGGUCGUGCUGCCAAGAAAGUCAUAAGAAGGGAGGAGGAAAGCAUUUUCACAUGGCUAUAAAGUUAAACCGUAUUAAGAGGUGGAUGCCCAUUCGAGACUAUUUAAACAAAUGGAGCAUUCAUGUUCACUUUUCUUAUCGGCACGUUAACUAUUACACUGCUUGGUUGUAUACAACCAAAGAAGACAGAAACUACAUUCAGUCUCCUGAUCAUCCUGACUUGGCCAACUCUGGUCCACCGAGAACCAUGUCAGCGAGUCAAGCUAGAAAACAACGAAGUGCACCAGCAGCCACAAGGGACCACGAUGACGAAUCUUCCAGUGCCGCAAGCGGGUAAGAAAGGGAGGGUCGAGAAAACGAGAUAGAGGAAGGCAGGCCAGCAAAGCCGUUAAGCGAAAGCGUUCCCGACGUCUAAGUAGCUUUGAAGUUUCGAAAAUAAUUAUCGAUAAGGGAAUCCGUAAAAGAACGGAACUACUCGCACUCGCUAACGUGCAAAAAGCCGAGGGCAAAACAGACCUGACGGAGUUCGUGUUCAACAGAGGAAAUAAGGUGGUGGAAGAAGUGAUUGCAACUUCGUGGGAAAUGGAGAACGCGAGCGACGUGAUCGAGCGGAGCAAAUUAACAAGGCUGGAGCUUUUAGAGAAGUCGCUAGAAGAGCCUUGUGUCGAUCAAUGUAACGGGUAGUGGCUGCAGUGUGCAAACCAGAUUGUUAGGUGGAACGACGUGUCGCGGGAGGCCUUCUCACAAGCUGUUAAAGACCUGCUGGAAAAAGGGAGGGGAAAAUUUCGAAACAUUCUAUUCAAGGUCCCCGCCAACACUGGAAAAACAUUUUUACUGAACCCUUUAAACGUUGUGUGCUGGUCAUUCAGUAACCCAGCUACAUCCACUUUUGCGUGGGUAGGAGCAGAAAAAGCAAAGGUUAUUAAUAUUUUCUUAAAUGACUUUAGAUAGAACCCCCAAAUAAUUCACUGGCAUGAUCUGCUUCUAAUGCUAGAGGGACAGCCGGUUCACCUUCCUGCCCCCAAAUUCUACUUUUCCAAAGACCUUUAGUUUACUAGAGACACCCCAAGGGUGGGGUGAUAGACGAAAGAGAAACCGAAAUGAUGGCGGUACGCUGGCACUCUUUUCAGUUUCAACGACAAAUUCGAGAAGCCGAACAAGUAUCCAUUCCAUCUUGCGCAAGGUGCUUUGCUGAAUUUAUUCUAAAUUUUUAAGAGGAUCGAUUCUACUGUAUGGAACGAACUUUUUAAAAAUAAAAUGUCGUUUGCGGGCGUUUUAUUUGUCAUUUACCAGAACACUGAAAGUGUACAUUGUUAAAUAUAUUUUAAUACCGUGUAAAGGAUAAAAUAAUUUAAGAGAUACUUGUCGCUUUAAUUAAUUAGUAAUAUCAUACUCUCUCUUCGUUGUUUAGCCUGUAUAUAUGAGUCUAGAAUGAAGAAAGAAUUCUUGUAUCCUUUCAGGUCCAAAAAUUGUUUCGUUUUUCACUUUUGUCAGUAAUAAUGUUAAUUACUACACCUAAACAGCAGAGGGCCAAAAUAAACAAAUAAAUAAAAAUAACGAAAGAAAGAAAACGAAAAAAAUCAUCGGGUGGAAGUAGCGGGGUUAAUGGUGUUACAUAAUACUAUACAUAUUUAAACAGCCUCAUGUAAGAGAUGCUAUUCAUCAAAGAAGUCUGUAAGUACUCAGAGUGCGUCAGAAAGUGCGGAAUUCUUUGUAGAAACUUGUAACAUAUUCUGAUAUGUCACUAUUCUCUUUAAUGAUCUUUUGUUGUUUUCUUAUAUUUUAUAGAACAUUCAUACGCUAUUGUCUUUUGACUUGACAAUGGCGUACGAGAACGUCGAAACUUUGUCAUCAUAUUUUUUAAAACCUUUCCUUUAAUUACUUGUUAAUGCAUUUAAGCAAAAUGUUGUCAAUUUCUUUAUGGCCAAACUUUUCCAAAAUUACUGAAAAAAAGGAAUUUUCUCCACACUCUUCCUUUGGGGGCGCGGGCCUGGUCCAAGGGGUUUGUCUUGUAUACAAACAAGACGCCAUCCAAGCGAUAGAAUCUUUCCAUACAUUCGGGGGGUAAUCUUCUUGCAUCCUUCUAGCAAAUGUGACUUUCAUGUCUUUGUCCGAUUGGCUCAUGAGUCCCUUUUUGCGUGCCUGCAGAAAGAAGUAACCAUUUCUGUUUAGAAGACGUCUAACAGUUCGAUCAGAAACAUGACGAAUUCCUGUCCGUUCCAUUAGUCGCCGAGACGAAAAGGAGCCCUCUUGGUCUUUCAACUCUUCAAUGCUUCCGAGAAUCAAUGCCUCUUGUUCGGGGGAAAUUUUUUUCCUUCGGGCACAAAAAUGUCUCCUGUUUUCCGGCACUCUUUCCUGUGCACUUGUUAGUCGGUGUACACUUGUCCUGGAAACCUUGCAGCGCUGAGCAAUUUCUUCUAGCGUGAGAUCUUUAGUAGCCUUAAGAGCUCUAAUUGUAGCCUUAGUUUCCUCGGGUAUUCUUUUUCUAGAUGGCAUGUUUUAAGUGUUUUACGACGAUGAAGAAUAUCUCUUCUCACCUCUUGUAAUUCUUAGCAAAGUUAAACUACGUAUUAUAUAUGCUCUGUGUUACCGAGAAUAUCUCUUUUGUAAUGCCUAAACUUAGACCCGGGAUGGACCGGUGACGCGCGUGUCAGAAACCAGUGUUUUGUAGCGAUAAAUGCGUUGAAAUAUAACUCACUAAUUAGGAGUGACCACUAUUUCGUGACCUAGACACCUUCGAUACAAUCUUGGACAAAAUAAAUGGAAAACCUAGCCCCCCCCCCCCUCCCCCCCUUCCCACCCAAAUCAAGGAUGGGAAAAUGGCGCGUUUUUGCCCUUCGCGCGGCCUCAUCCUUGAUUUGGGGGGGGAUGGGGGUUUGCUGUUCCAUUUUAUUUUGCCCAAGAUUGUAGCUUCAAAAGGCGUUUCUCUUUCGGCAAAAUUCCCUGGAGUGAAUGGGUUAAGAUUUUUACCAAAAUACAUGUUUUAAAUUUUCUUCUCUUACGAAAUUUAAAAACUGAUUGCUUAUGUUGAGACUUGAAAGAUUAGUGCUUAUUGCACAUUUGUUUUCUUCAUUAGAAUCGCCUUGGAGACGAGAUGAACGCGACAGAGAUGGACCUCGUGACGAAGGAGUGAAUUGGAGGAGGACUGUGGACAGGGAUGGACCAGCAAGACGUGGUAAUGAUUUGGGUCGCUUCUAUCGUGUUUUUUAAUAGUCGCUUUAUAAAACCGUUGCAAUGCGAUUAGCUACUGGAGUUGUUCCGAUGGGUGGUUAAGUAAAAUGGUAACUUUGUCUUUCUCCAACCCCUUUAGACAUGGAUCGUGGGAGAAUGGACGAUCGUAGAACGGAUGAUCGUGGAAGGAUGGAUGAUCGCAGAAUGGAUGAUCGUGGAAGAAUGGACGAUCGUAGGAUGGAUGAUCGUGGAAGAAUGGACGAUCGAAGAAGAAUGGACGAUCGUAGAUUGGAUGAUCGUGGAAGAAUGGACGAUCGGAGAAUGGAUGACCGUGGAAGAAUGGACGAUCGGAGAAUGGAUGACCGUGGAAGAAUGGACGAUCGAAGAAUGGAUGACCGUGGGAGAAUGGAUGAUCGUAGAAUGGAUGACCGUGGAAGAAUGGAUGAUCGGGGAAGUGCCUGGAGAAGAGAUGAACGCGACCGUCCUCCGUCAAGCGGAUGGCGUGAUCGUGAUCGUGAUCGUGAACGUGAUGAGCGUGACCGUCCUCCACCAAGUUCUUGGCGAGGAAGUGGUCGUGAUGACCGUGGACGUGACGACCGUGAUAGACCAGGUGGUUGGGGAAGGCGUGACCGGGACUCUGGGGAUGGUUGGCGUGGUGGUGACCGUGAAGACCGUUACCGGGGAGAUGGCGAUAGUGACCGCUUCAGAGGAGAUCGUGAUCGUGAAGGUGGUGAUCGUUACCGUGGUGAUCGUGACCGUGAGCGUUCAGGCUGGAGAGGUGAUGACCGUGGUGGUGACCGAGACAGGGAUGGGUGGAGAAGGGAAAGAGAAGAGCCGGGGCGUGACCAGUGGAGGCGGGAACCACCACCUGCUCGAACUGAAGGUUUGUUCUUUAGCUCAGUAGCCUGAGAAAACAACCCACAUUUCGCGACGCCACCUCUGCUCUUCCCGCGAAAUGGCGUCUGAGAAACGACUGCAGAAAUUCCAUACUAAUGACGUGUCACUACCCAGAUCUGGAUAGUGCUUCUGAUUGGUUGUACCUCGAGGGAACUUUGAUUUAGCUAAUCUGAAAGCACUACUCUGAUCUGGGUAGUGACACGUCAUCAGUAUGGAAUUUCUGCAGUCAUUGUUCAGACGACGUCAUUUCGCGGGGAAACUACUCAUAACUAGUGGUAGCGUCGCGAAAUGAAGGAAAUGUCAGCUGUUUUCUCAGGCUAUUAGCUCAGGAGUCUAAGUUCAUGAAAUGAAAAAGAUCUGAAGGAAGUGAAUGAAAGGAAAUACUUCCUACGAUACUGAUCGGUUGUCCGCUGCAUUAGGGAAAUUGGGUACAAACGACUGAAAGUACCCAAGGGAGUGACUACAAUUAAAUCACAAGAUGAGGGGAAAUACACAGUAGAAAGAGAUCGCGAUGAGUUUUUGCUUAGCCUGUAAAUAAGUGAAAUUUUCCUUGUGACGUAAAUGUUGUAAAGUUCUGUACUUUAUCUCUUCAGGGAAAUCCUGGUCUGCCUCUCGUCGUGGCCGUGAACGACCCCCCGCGGAACAGUCUGAUGCAGACGGCUGGACCAAAGUUCAAUACAAAUGAAAGCUUAGGAAGCAAUGAAUGGAUCCCCAAUUCACUUACUACCUUGGCGAGGAACAAACUGAACACUACUUGUACUACAGUGGCAAUGAAAUGAAUCAAUGAUCUUCAUUCUUACACCAACUGGGCGAUUAGUGCUCGCUUUAGCGUCUUGUUUUCAUGUAGGUCAAAGUAGCGCGCAGUGCUGGUAGCCAAUGGUGAAUUUAGGUUGGCCCCAUGUCCAAAAAGGAUUAGUUGUAAUCUGGCAAAGUUUCAUGUUUUUGCUGAUCAUAAAAUCUUUGGUCGAUAAUAGCCUCAUCGCGACAGGCUAGGACUACGCAGUGUAGCCACUGGAGUGUGUGUCUUAGUACUGUAUUCGCGAUCUUAGACCUGUAAUAAGUGUAAUAUUUUUUCUGAUAUGAAUUGUUGUUGGCUAAUUCUGCGAGACAGUUGAACUAAAAUCGACCCUUGAAACGUAGCUUGUUCCAGGCGCUCAGAUAGUUGGGACGGCGCGAAGAAAAGGAUUUAUUUGAAUGCUACUGUUAAUCUUCAACAUGUAGUUCUUGCCUUGUUCAGAGUACUUUAGUGUUCUCGCACGGAAAUCUCCAGCCAGGGUAGAUAUUAGGGAGUUGCAUCUGUUAACAUUAAAUGAUGCGUAUUAACC